UUUGGUUCAAUUUAUAGUAAAAAUAUAACCAUUUCAUUCCAUGGAAAGAUCUGAUUCCUUAAGAACCUGAAAUAGCCAUUCCCGAUUCUAUGAGAACGGCUCUUCUUGGCUCAUCAAAAAUAGAAAAGUAUGCUUAUUGAACAAUUUUGUUUUUGUAUAUUUAAUUAAUUGUAAUUGUAUCCUUGACCCAAGAUAAUGAACCAAUAAAAGAAAAUAACCCAAAAAAUAAUGAACAAAUCAAACGGAACCGUAGUUGCUAAAUGUGAGAACUGAAAAACAUAUGCAGUUAUUUUUGUGAAAUUAAAAUAUAAACAUGGUUUAUACGAUAUAUAUAUAUAUAUACACAUAUAAAUAUAAUUUAAUUUGGAGGUCUCGUAAAUUCAUUUAUACCUUUUAGGAGAUAUAAACCCUAGAUGUCCCGUCCCAUCAAAUUUUCUGUACAUCUUUUCAUGCAAGUGGUCUAAUAUAAUACACCCAAUCUGACCUCACCAAAGCACCAAACAUCGUACGUCACACAAUUUGCAUCAACCUGUUGUGCACGUUAGUCUAUUUCCACACUCCCCUGCUAACUUGCACAAGGUGAGUUGAUCAAAACCUAGCGUUCUCUUUCUCAACUAUUUGCCGCUUGUGAAGAGUAAUGUCAAAAGUUUCAAGCGGCUUCAAGCGGUUCCAGGUUUUUUUUUUUUUUCAAUUUCUUUGAUAGAAUUUUCACUCAAAAAGUUUCAAUUUUUUACCUUAAAUUUUGCAAUUUUAUGUAGUUUCAAUUGAAGAAAACAAAGAAACAAGAAAAACCCAUGUUGGAAAACUUGUCAGAAACAUUGAAUCUAGUGUUUGAGAGAAUUGGGUUUUUGUUUUUUUUAUGCUGUACUUUGAAACUUCCAUGAACAAUGUAUGAUAAAGGUUAAUGUUUUGAUUGGUUUAUGUUGGUCUUCUUGUUUUGAAUCGUUGUUUUAAAUGGGAAAUGUGGAAAUACCAAAAUGGCUUAAAGGGUUGCCAUUGGCUCCUGAAUUUAGGCCAACAGAUACUGAGUUUGCUGACCCCAUUGCAUAUAUAUCAAAGAUUGAGAAAGAAGCUAGUGCUUAUGGUAUAUGUAAGAUAAUCCCACCAGUGCCAAAACCGUCAAAAAAGUAUGUUGUUAACAACAUGAAUAGGUCGUUAUCCAAGUGUCCAGAGUUAGGAAGUGAUAUGGACGUGUCAAUGAAUGUUGGUUCUGUUUCAAGUUGUGGGGUUAGUGGUGGUGAUGAGGUGGAAGAAAGGGCAGUGUUUACAACUCGACAUCAGGAGUUGGGACAGAGUGGGAGGAGAAUUAAAGGGAUGGUUAGUAGUCAACAAUGUGGUGUUCAGAAGCAAGUGUGGCAAAGUGGGCAGAUUUAUACAUUAGAGCAGUUUGAAUCCAAGUCGAAGACUUUUGCAAAGAGUUUAUUGGGUGUGCAUAAGGAGGUAUUGCCCUUGCAUAUCGAGGCGUUGUUUUGGAAGGCGGCUUCAGAGAAACCUAUAUAUGUGGAAUAUGCUAAUGAUGUUCCUGGAUCAGGUUUUGGGGAGCCAGAGGGUCAAUUUCGGUAUUUCCAUAGGAGGAGGAGGAAGAGGAUGUCAUACAGGAGGGAAAACUCUGAUUGCAAGAAAGAUGAGAUGGAUACUGUAAAGAAUUCACAUAUUGAUGAGAUUAAAGAUACUUCUAUUAAAAGCGAUUCUGACACAUGUUUAGAAACACCAAAGUCAUCUACUACAUUGUCAACCAUGGCAUCAGAUGAAAAUUCUCAUUCUAAAAGAAAGAGUGGAAAUGCUAGUAAUGAUAUGGAAGGUACUGCAGGUUGGAAGCUUUCAAAUAGUCCUUGGAACCUUCAAGUGAUUGCUCGAUCAGCUGGCUCACUUACACGAUUUAUGCCUGAUGAUAUUCCUGGUGUUACUUCUCCCAUGGUUUAUAUUGGCAUGUUGUUUAGCUGGUUUGCAUGGCAUGUUGAAGAUCACGAACUUCACAGCAUGAAUUUUCUUCAUACCGGCUCUUCAAAAACUUGGUAUGCUGUUCCUGGAGAUUAUGUAUUUGCUUUUGAGGAAGUUAUCCGCACUGAGGCGUAUGGUGGUAAUAUUGACCACUUAGCUGCUCUGUCAUUACUGGGUGAGAAGACAACGCUUCUAUCACCUGAGUUGAUUGUCGCAUCUGGCAUUCCUUGUUGUAGGUUACUACAGAAUCCUGGUGAAUUUGUUGUGACUUUUCCGAGAGCCUACCAUGUAGGAUUCAGCCACGGUUUUAAUUGUGGGGAAGCUGCAAACUUUGGAACUCCACAGUGGCUUCAAAUAGCUAAAGAAGCUGCAGUUCGUAGAGCUGCUAUGAACUAUCUUCCAAUGCUUUCUCAUCAGCAGCUGCUAUACCUUUUGACCGUGUCUUUUGUGUCAAGGGUGCCAAGAUCCUUGCUACCUGGUGCUCGCAGUUCUCGUCUGAGAGAUCGCCUGAAGGAAGAAAGAGAGGUGUUAGUAAAGAAGGCUUUUAUAGAAGAUUUGUUAAGUGAAAAUAAAUUGUUAUCUCUUCUUCUUAAAAGAGGAUCAACUUAUCGUGCAAUAAUAUGGGACCCAGAUUUACUACCUUAUAUGAGCAAAGAUUCUGAGUUGCCCAGUGGAACUGCCACUGUUUCUACAAUACGGCAAGAAAAUGUUUCUGAUAUUCAUUGUGAAAAUAAGUCUAAUCAAAACAAUCUCUUAGAUGAGAUGAGCCUGUACAUGGAAAAUCUGAACUAUUUAUAUUUGAAUGAUGAUGAUUUGACAUGUGAUUUUCAAGUUGAUUCGGGAACAUUGGCUUGUGUGGGUUGCGGAAUUCUGGGUUAUCCGUUUAUGUGUGUGGUACAACCAUCUGAGGGAGCAACAAUGGAAUUUCUACCUGCAGAUCAUCUUUUGGUUCAAGGUCCAACAGUCUUGGAACCUAAGAAUUCCAUUUUUUGUCCUGAUCUUGAUUGCCGUGUUCAGGGCUCAGUUUCAGACAAUGUCAAUCAUGUUGCUGAUUUAUCUCCUCCCUCCAAGGAUGCACCAUUACCAUCAAUAACCAAGUUUUCCGAAGGAUGGGACACUUCUAAUAAAUAUCUGAGGCCUCGGAUUUUCUGCCUGGAGCAUGCUGUUCAAGUUGAGGAGCUUUUGCACUCCAAAGGUGGAGCAAAAAUUUUGGUAAUUUGCCAUUCAGAUUAUCAGAAAAUAAAGGCACAUGCAAUACCUGUUGCAGAGGACAUUGGUAUUCCUUUCAAUUACAAUGAUGUUCCACUACGUGCUGCAUCCCAGGAGGAUCUAAACUUGAUCAAUUUUGCAAUCGAUGAUGAACAUGAUGAAAUUGGAGAAGACUGGACCUCAAAACUUGGUGUUAACUUGCGAUACUGUGUCAAGGUCAGAAAGAACUCUCCAUUUAAGCAAGUUCAGCAUGCACUGCCAUUGAGUGGACUUUUCUCUGAUAAAUAUGUUAGGUCAGAGUUAUUUAACAUCAAAUGGAAGUCAAGAAAAUCUCGUUCAAAAGGUAAGUCGAAACACCUAUCACCCUCUAAAGCAUGUGAAAGUGUUGAAAUGAAAGUGGAUGAAAUAUUGGUUGAAAAGCGAGAUGGCAACAUCACUAAAAAUGAGCGGAAAAUUAUUCAGUAUUCAAGAAGGAAAAAAAGAAAACCAGAUUAUUCUACUGGAGCAGGUGGGGGCCUUAAACUGUUGAAGGAUGACCUGCCAAGAGAAGAUUCUGCUGCUUCAAGUCAACUUUUUGAUGAACAUGGUGGAAAUCAAUCCAAGAUAAAUGCCAGAAGUGAGUCUGCUCGAUUAUUUUCAUCUUUAUUUACUAGUUCAAUUCAGACACAGCUUGAGAUCGAGACUACUUCAGUUGUUGGAGUUGUACAAAAAGAUCUGAGCAAAAUUUUGGAGGAAUCAGAGCUGGAUGAUGAAACUUGUAGUUUGACAGCAUGUGCUAGUUCUCAAAAGCAAUGUGAGAUCAAGCUGAUGGAGAGAAGCAGUAAGAAUAAUGAGAUUUCUCCAGCUGACAAGUGUUCUAAAUGUUGUGUUGUCGCAGCUGAUGAAAGAUUUGUGGAAAAUACUGCCGCAGUUAGUGAUGUUUGCAAUUCAGUUUCUGAAGGACAGGGUGAGGAACUGGCUGCCAGGUAUGAUUUGAUAAAUCUUGCUAAGUCAGCAAGUUCACAUUCUGCUCAACCAUCUGCUGGAAGAUUUGAUCCAGGAUUGGCGGACAUAACUGUUGAGAAAUUUUGCAUGAACGGAGGGGUUUUUUCUUGUAUGACGUCUGAUGUUGAGGUGCAGCAAGAAACUGAAGCUACCUCCAGAAAUAAUGAGGGUAUUUUAUGUGAUAAUAAACUAAUCAAUAAACCUAAUUUGGGUUCAGGGUAUUUCUCCGCUGGUGUAUCUUUGGGAAAUGAAAUGCAGCCGGAAACCGUCACUAGAGGUGGAAGUCAGGUUGAGCCUUUUUUGAGUUCUCCCACCCUGACAAAGGGGCCUGGUACCGCCUCAAUGGGAAAUAGAUCUGAAGUUCCAAAGGAGCCCUGUGCUGCAGCAGAUUCAUGUGAUGGUACAGUUUCCAAGAAUAAAGUACAGAAGCAGGAAAUCCAGAUUAAUGCUGGCAAGGAAGGACUUCACUCCAGUUCUAUUAUGCCAGUGGGAAUUGAUCAGCCUACUAGUCUCGCAGUGGAAGAAUUUUCUGUAAUUUCCAAGAAUCCUUGUGCCAACGACCAGCGUCCUGAUGUGACCUUAGAUGUUGAAGUGUUGCAAGAAAUUCAAGCUACAAAGGGAACCACUGGCGAUGAGGUUAUAAGUUGUUCCAAUUUGCCAAUCAAAGAAAAGCAGCCUACUCGCAUUGUGAUGGAAGCUUGCUCCGAGGUUCAAAGGGAGAGCAGUUCUCAAAAGAAGUUGUGUGCUGAUGCAACUGCAGAUGAUGACAGCCAUGAAAAUUACCUGAUUAGAAAUGAAAAAAAUCAGGAAGAAUCUGUUUCUUGCUGUGUUACACCUAUAAAUCAGUCUACUAUCUCAAUCCAAAAGUACUCGAGAACUCGAAUAGAGGGUCAUGCUACUGUGAAUGUGAAUGAUGGUGGGGAGGUAGAGAAUAGAAAUCUUGAGUCUGCUGUGGCAAAUUGUAGAUCAAGUGCCAUGAAUGGAAGAAAGAGGAAGAGAGAACAGGAGGAAAUACCUGAAAAAGUUGGUGGCAAUGGCUUUAUUAGAAGUCCAUGUGAAGGAUUGAGGCCAAGGGCUCGGAAAGAUGCAACUAGCGGUGUUAAUGUCGACAAAACAUCCCAGGAGGAGCUGCCAACAAAAGAGACGAGGAGACCUUCAAUUCAUACCCAGAGUAAGAAAAUAAUUAAAAGGGGCUCUCAUAGAUGUGACCUGGAAGGCUGCCAUAUGAGCUUUGAGACAAAGGAAGAGUUGAGGUUGCACAAACGCAAUCGGUGCCCAUAUGAGGGCUGUGAAAAGAAGUUCCGCUCCCACAAAUAUGCAAUUCUUCAUCAACGAGUCCACGAGGAUGAUAGGCCCCUCAAGUGCCCAUGGAAAGGUUGUUCCAUGUCUUUCAAGUGGGCAUGGGCUAGGACUGAGCAUAUUCGGGUGCACACGGGAGAACGCCCAUAUCAGUGCAAGUUCGAAGGCUGCGGCCUUUCUUUCAGGUUUGUGUCAGAUUUUAGUCGGCAUAGACGAAAAACAGGGCAUUAUAUGGACUCUUCAGCCUGA